AGAGCGCAAGGCUCUUAACCUUGUGGUCGUGGGUUCGAGACCCACGGUGGGCGUUUCUUUUUUUCUUUUCUUGAAGGAAAAAAAAAACUUUUCGGUGGAAAAAUUAAUAAUUUUGGAUUUGAAGGAAAAUAAUAAUAACUUCAAUAAUUAGAGAGGUCAGUGGGAUAUACUCCAACCACGUUCGUUCAAUCACACAACUCGCUCUCUCCAUUCGUUCGUUCCAGGAUUUGUGGAGCGGUUUGAUUUGAUAUUGAUCUGCGACAAUGGGAGCGGCUGGUAUCGACAUGGAUGAAGGAGCUCUCGAGAUCGGAAUGGAGUACAGAACUGUCUCAGGGGUUGCUGGACCUUUAGUCAUUCUUGAGAAAGUGAAGGGGCCAAAGUACCAGGAGAUUGUUAAUAUUCGCUUAGGUGAUGGAUCUAUGAGACGUGGUCAGGUUCUGGAAGUUGAUGGCGAGAAAGCUGUUGUCCAGGUUUUCGAAGGAACAUCUGGAAUUGACAACAAAUUUACCACCGUUCAGUUCACAGGAGAGGUUUUGAAGACACCUGUAUCACAAGACAUGCUUGGACGCAUAUUUAACGGCUCUGGGAAGCCAAUUGAUAAUGGUCCUCCUAUUUUGCCAGAGGCAUACCUUGAUAUCUCUGGAAGUUCAAUCAACCCCAGUGAGAGAACCUACCCUGAAGAGAUGAUACAAACAGGGAUUUCUACCAUUGAUGUCAUGAACUCCAUCGCUCGUGGACAGAAGAUUCCUCUUUUCUCUGCUGCUGGUCUACCUCAUAACGAGAUCGCUGCUCAAAUUUGUCGUCAGGCUGGUCUUGUUAAGCGGUUAGAGAAGACUGAGAACCUAAUUGAGGACCAUGGAGAGGACAACUUUGCAAUUGUUUUUGCAGCUAUGGGUGUAAACAUGGAGACGGCUCAGUUCUUCAAGCGUGAUUUUGAAGAAAAUGGAUCAAUGGAAAGAGUUACUCUUUUCCUGAACCUGGCAAAUGACCCAACCAUCGAGAGAAUUAUCACUCCUCGAAUUGCCCUUACAACCGCUGAGUAUUUAGCAUAUGAAUGUGGGAAGCAUGUGCUGGUUAUAUUGACAGACAUGAGUUCCUAUGCAGAUGCUCUUCGUGAGGUCUCUGCUGCUCGAGAAGAAGUACCUGGGAGACGUGGAUAUCCGGGUUAUAUGUACACAGAUCUUGCAACUAUUUAUGAGCGUGCAGGGCGUAUUGAAGGAAGAAAGGGUUCCAUUACCCAAAUCCCUAUCCUGACUAUGCCCAAUGAUGACAUCACUCACCCUACUCCGGAUCUUACUGGUUACAUUACUGAGGGUCAGAUAUACAUUGACAGGCAACUUCACAACAGACAGAUAUAUCCACCCAUCAACGUGCUUCCAUCACUUUCUCGAUUAAUGAAGAGUGCUAUUGGUGAGGGAAUGACUCGCCGUGACCAUUCUGAUGUGUCCAACCAGCUAUACGCAAACUAUGCAAUCGGGAAGGAUGUUCAAGCCAUGAAAGCUGUAGUUGGAGAAGAAGCUCUUUCUUCUGAAGAUCUGCUGUAUUUAGAGUUUCUGGACAAAUUUGAGAGGAAGUUUGUGAUGCAAGGAGCAUACGAUACAAGAAACAUCUUCCAGUCACUUGACUUGGCAUGGACACUGCUCCGUAUCUUCCCUCGUGAGCUUCUUCACCGUAUUCCAGCCAAAACACUUGAUCAAUUCUACAGCCGCGACUCCACAAGCUAAAGCUUUCUUAAACAGCCUCUAUGUUGCUCCAUUCUUAUUUGGAAGUUUGGAACUUAAAUUAUGUCUCGAGAAGAAAAAACAAGAUUGCGUGAAAAAAAAAACUCGGAGAAUUGUGAUUUGGGAUUAUUCUUUUGUUUUUCAUUUGUAUAAUAAAGGCUUUGUGUACGAAAGCCUAGUAACACAAACGCUGUUUAUAAGCCUUGUGUUUUUGUCUUCCAAACUGGUGAAUCAUGUAUUUCUCUUUUGUAAUAAUCUAUUUCCUUGAACACUCUUA